AAGUAGAGCGCUUCACUCUCACUAAUUGUCCCAUAACAGCCGAGCAAUGCUGGGGAAUAAAAAUCGGAAUUAAACGGUCAUAAAUAUGAAGCUGUUCUUCAUCACUGGACUGCAAGAGCUCCAACUGUGAUACACAGUCAAAAAAGUCUAGAUUCCACCAUAGAGAAGCUUCUUGAACGUAAUAAACAGUGGAAGAACAGUGACAACCAUAUUCCCUACCACCUCAAAGAAACCACAGCACGGUGAGUAGACUCUAUUAUGGCACUCUGACUCUGGAAUUACAAACUGAUAAAAGUCUCAUGAAUAUUUAAUAGUUACAGGUCCUUCAGGCAUGCAUAUAUAAUUGUCUUUUAUUGAAUGUUUUGAUCUUUUGUUUAAAAACAAAUUACAAAAAUACUCUACUCUCAUGGAUAUCAAACAAUUGCAAACAACUGCAGGUUUAUAAAAAAAUCUUUGUUAAAUAUAGGUGUGCAACAAUUAUUGGCACUCUUUGUCAAUACUUUAUGCCUCCCUAGCUAGCUCCCUUUGCCAAGAUAAGAGUCUUCUCCUAUAAUGCCUGAUGAGGUUGGAGAGUACAUGGCGAGGGAUCUGAGACCAUUCCUCCAUACAGAAUCUCUCCAGAGCCUUCAAAUUUCGAGGUCCACGCUGGAGGACUCUCUUCUUCAGUUCACUCCACAGGUUACCUAUUGGUUUCAAGUCAGGGGACUGGGAUGAUCAUGGCAGGACCUUGAUUUUGUGGUCAGUAAACCAUUGUUGUGUUGAUGCUGAUGUAUGUUUUGGAUCAUUGUCCUGCUGGAAGAUCCAACCAUGGCCCAUUUUAAGCUUUCUGGCAGAGGCAGUCAGAUUUUCAUUUAAUAUCUGUGGAUAUCUGAUUGAGUACAUGAUCUCAUGUAGCCUAACAAAAUGUCCAGGUCAUCUGGUAGAAAAACAGCAAAACAUUAAAGCACCACCACCAUAUUUAACCGUGGGCAUGAGGUACUUUUCCAUAUGGCUACCUUUCUGUGUGCACGAAAACCAUGUCUGGUGUUUAUUGCCAAAAAGCUCUGUUUUGGUUUCAUCUGACCAUAGAACCCGAUCCCAUUUGAAGGUCCAGUAUUGUGUCUGGCAAACUGAAGACACUUGAGUUUGUUUUUGGAUGAGAAUAGAGGCUUUUUUCUUGAAACCCUUCCAACAAACUUGAUGUAGGGUUAUAGUUUUUCUGCAAUACUCCAGCUGUGAUCCUUUGAGAUUUUUUGUGCACUUGAACCAUCCUCUUCACAGUGCGUUGAGAUGAUAUAGACACACGUCCAAUGCCAGGUUGAUUCAUAACAUUUCCAGAUUACUGGAGCUUCUUAAUUAUUGCUCUGAUGGUGGAAAUGGGCAUUUUCAAUGCUUUUGCUAUUUUCUUACAACCACUUCACAUUUUGCAAAGGUCAACAGCUUUUUGCUUAUGCAUGACUAAGGGAAUUUGGCAUAUGUGUUACCUCCUAUUUAUACCCCUGUAUCUCUCCUACUUAUGUUUUUUACUUUGAGAGGUGACAAUCCUGCAUUAGUGAAGCUAAUCUUGACAGCCACUGCAGAGUGUUCUCUGAGACCAGAGCAUGCAGAGACGACAUCUCUCAAGAUGCAGCCAUUGCAGCAACAUCCAUGUCUGAUUCUUCCCCUGUGGAGGGUUGUUGGUCCUGAGUGCUGUGUCUCACAUAUAUGACACAACGUCUGCCCUGAAAUGAGUGCGUUUGUAAAGGAGACACAUGGCAUAUUAAUGUGCCUUUUGGUCACCUGUUUUUUCCUUGGGUGGAUGCUAUGGAGUUGCAAUCUGCAUUCAGAGCCUCAGAGUUGGAGGAAAUGAAGCAGCGUCGACAAAAUGAGUACAAGAAGUUCCUGAGAAGCUCACAUACAGCAGCAAACCUUCUCGUUGUUGCUGAGGCCAAUAGUCCUCUUCAGUACCCCACCCAGGGUGUGGAGGUCCGUCCUAAAAAGUCCACCUUAAUUCCUGGGUUGGGUCUGAAACUUAUGUCAAGGCAGUCUUAUUCAGUAAAUUUAACUGCCAGCAUGGGCACGUUUGACGUAACAGCCUUGGUGGAUGAUGUCAGCAGAAGCGGAGAAGGAAAAAUGCACAUAAGCUUUUCCAGCCCACUUCUAUCUGCACUUAACAGACAGCUGCAGUUUGUCACUUAUACAAAUACAAUUUUUCAUCCCAAUACUGCAGACAUAGUGCAGUUCGAGACUGAUGGAUUCCAAGCAGCCUUCACCAUUAAAAUCCGGCAUGCAAUCACUCCUAAACUCUAUUAUCCUGGACCUAGUGGACCUAAAGGAGAAUACAACAUAAGCGCACUUGUGACCAUUGCUACGAAAACAUUUCUGCGUUAUGACAAGCUGCAAGAUUUGAUUGACAGCAUUCGACAGUUCUAUCCAACGGUCACGAUAGUUAUAGCUGAUGACAGCGAGCAUCCUAAGCCUGUAACUGGCCCUUACAUAGAGCACUACACCAUGCCUUUCAAAAAGGGUUGGUUUGCUGGGCGUAAUCUCGCUGUCUCUCAGGUGACGACUAAGUACGUGCUGUGGGCGGAUGAUGACUUUAUCUUCACCUCUAAAACAAGGUUGGAGAAAAUGGUGGAUGUUUUAGAGCGCACCAGUUUAGACCUGGUUGGAGGAGCAGUCAGGGAGGUGACAGGAUACACUGCAACCUACCGCAAUAUCAUCUCAUCAGAAAAAGGUGGAGAAGAUGGAGACUGUUUACACAUUAGAAGAGGCUUCUAUCAAGCUCUUGAGGGCUUCCCUAAUUGUGUGGUCACGGAUGCCGUCAUUAACUUUUUCAUGGCGCGUACUGACAAGGUGCGGCAAGUGGGCUUUGACCCUCUCCUGGCACGGGUCGCACACCUAGAGUUUUUCAUCGAUGGCCUUGGUGUUCUCCAUGUGGGUUCCUGUGAUGAUGUUAUAGUCAACCAUGCAUCAAAGAUCAAAGGGAUGCUGCCAUGGGGACAAUCAGAAACUGAUAAGGCCUAUGCUAAGUUACGUUAUAUCAACUACUCAAACAACUUAAAUGGUCUUUAUUACUUCAAGAACCACUUCAAAUGCUUAACGAGUAAUGCUUAACUGUGAUCCUACCCAUUUUUUUUUACUACUGUCUCAAUGUCAUUAAGACAUUACAUGCAAAUUUACAGAGGUAUCAAUGAAAAAGAAGACCAAACAUGACCAUGUACCUAAAUAACUCUCUCAUUUUCUUUUUCUAUGGAUUCCUCUGAGGACUUUUUUCCUCUGGAAUAUUGUUAACAGACCAAAAAUAUAAGUAAAGCUUUUGAACUGUUGUGCUUUUGUACAUGUAUGUUGUUGUUGUUGUUGUUGUUGUUGUUGUUAUUAUUAUUUAAAUGUGUUAUUUUUUUAUAUUUGAUGUUUAACACACUUAGUAAAAUCUUAUUUUACUUUUUUUAUUUUAAAGAUUUUUACAGUUCUAAACAUUAGUUCUUCAUGAGCCGUUUACUGUAACAUUUACCAUAGUGUUGGUUUCCUGGGCAUAAUCUCACUACCUCUCAGGUGACGACGUGCUGUAGUUAGAUGAUUUCAUCUUCACCUCUAAAUUUCCAGAGUCUGUGGAAAGUUCAUGGAUGCAGGACUGUUUCUUAUACUCAUAGAGGUCUUUUUAUUUAAUUUUUUAUGUAUUUGCCUGCAGUAUUUUCUAAUGAAUUUAGUUGGUUCUAUUUCCCAAAAUAUAAACAAACUAUCAGUAUAAUUUAAACCACCACAAUCCUGACCAGGGUGUAUUCCACAAAGCUAAUAAAAGUGGAGCUUAUUUGAAAAAGCCGUGCUUGACUUCGUGCAAUCCAGGAGGCUUAAUGUGUUCGAUCAACAAAAUUCAGGUAUAGCUUAUUUCCCUUAAUUCAAGCCAGAAUUUGGCAAUUAAGGCUCACGCAUACUUAUACAAGCAGGCCUAGCAGUCGAGUGAAGAUAUAGUGAAAUGGCAGCGAAUAAAAAAGCCACUUGUUUCACUCCAGCUAAACAACUUAUACAAUGAGUAUAAAAGCUUUAUUUAAAGCAACACCGACUACGGCUUACAGCUCAAAAAUCCAGUAUCUCAAAAUACUAGAAUAAAGAAUUUUAUCUCACUAAUGUUCCCUACAGCCAUGCUCCAAAUUCUAGUGGAAAGUCUUCCCAGAAGAGUAAAGGUCAUUAUUGCAGCAAAGCAGGGACCAACUCUCUUUUAAUGCCCAUGGUUUUGGAAUGGGAUUUUCAGCAAGCACAUACACCCAUCAGCCAUAGCACUAAAACCCCCUGCCUAAUUUUGUGUGACCCGCUGAGGCACGGACUCCACAAGACCUGGGAAAUUUGAAGGCCAAGUCAGCACCUUGAACUCUUUGUCAGGUUCUUCAAACCACUGAACAAUUUGUGUGGCAGGGUGCAUUAUCCUGCUGAAAAAAGCCACUGCCAUUAGGGAAUACCAUUGCCAUGAAGGGAUGUACUUGGUCUGCAACAAUAUUUACUGUAAAUAAGUGGUACAUGUCAAAGUAACAUCCACAUGAAUGCCAGGACCGAAGGUUCACCCAAGGUUCAGUGUGUGGGUGAGAUAAUCAGGUUCCCCAUUAAAUUAACAUUCAUAAAUUGAUAUUCGUAAAAAAUAUCGAUUCUUCGAUUUUAAUCAAUCUUCAAUUUAAUGAAACGAUAUCAAUUCUUAAUGCGCGUGCUUUACUUGAGAGGGUGUGAAUAUUAUCUGUAGUUCGCCUCUCGUCCUGAAUAUGGCGCCAUCUGUCAUGUUUUGAAUUUUGAAAAUGGUUUUUCAAAAAAAAAUAGUUCAAGUUGUUAAGGAAUUUCACUGUUUCACAUUUGCAACGUUUUUAUUUAUUUUUUUACAGUAAUGUGCAGUUUGUGCUUACCUUGUGUGCAUUGUAUGCACAUAUUUACGAUUUCUUGUUACAAUGUUUGUCACUAAAAGUAAAAAGUAAUUAAACAUAAUUGUGUGG